CCGCUGAAAAUCCGUAAACUCUCAAGCCGUUCUCAGUUUUCUCUAGGUCCGGGAAGAGCUCCUCGAUCGUCACGAUCGCCAGCGAUGGCAAAUCCUCCGAAGCCAUGGAAAGCCGAAUAUGCCAAGUCCGGACGGUCUUCGUGCAAGACCUGCAAGUCCCCCAUCGACAAAGAACAACUACGCCUUGGCAAGAUGGUCACUGCCACCCAGUUCGACGGAUUCAUGCCCAUGUGGAAUCAUGCUGGUUGCGUCUUCAAGAAACAAAACCAGAUAAAAUCCCUUGAUGAUGUCGAAGGCAUAGACUCAUUGCGUUGGGAUGAUCAAAAAAGGAUAAAGAGUUAUGUUGAGGGUGGAGCCUCAAGUGGUAGUACAGUUGCCACUGCAGUUGCAACUACAAUUGCUGAUAAUGAGUGUUCCAUUGAAGUUUCCCAAACUUCUCGUGCUACCUGCAGACAUUGUAGUCAGAAGAUUCUGAAAGGAACGGUUCGUGUCUCAACUAAUGCUGAGGGAAAAGGUGCUCGAGGUCUCUUAUGGCAUCAUGUCAGCUGUUUCAUCACUAUGUCUCCAUCAAGCAGUAUAGAAAAAGUUUUAGGGUGGGACAGCCUUUCCCCUCAAGAUAAAGAAGCUGUUUCUGCACUUUAUAAAAGGGAGAAAUCUAAACAUAUAGAAGGCAAUCAAGCAACUUCACAAGGUGCGAAGAGGAAGACUGCCGGGUCAAACAAUCAGAAACCAAAAGUUCUCAAGGUUGAUCUAAACAAUUCAUCAGACAGAAGACCAAGCAAAGGAAACAAAGUGCCUGAUUAUGAUAAUUCUGACACCAUGGAACUGGACAAUAGAUUGGAAAUGCAGAGCAAGCUGUUGUGGGAUAUAAAAGAUGAGCUUAAAAAGGAGGUGAGUGUGGCUGAGCUGCGGGAGAUGCUUGAAGCAAAUGAACAGGAUUCAAAAGGAUCUGAACAUGAUCUCCGAGAUUGUUGUGCUGAUGGGAUGCUAUUUGGUGCAUUGGAUAAAUGCCCACUCUGCUCUGGUUCUUUGCGUUACUCUGGAGGCCGGUAUCAUUGUCAUGGUUAUUUGUCAGCAUGGAGCAAGUGUUCAUACUCAACAAACGAACCAGUACGCCUUAUGGAAAAAUGGAAAAUUCCUAAAGAAACGACUAACAAGUAUCUUAUAAAAUGGUACAGGUCUCAAAAGACCAAGAAACCCGAAAGACUUCUUCCUCCCUCCACUAGUAAGUCUGUCAUUGGGCAUACAUCUGAUUCAUCUCAGCCAUCCAAUGAUGACAAGUUGGAGAAAUUAAAAGUUGCUAUUGCUGGGAAAUCCAGUGCAGAUUUCGAAGAACUGAAACCAAAACUUGAGGCAGCUGGAGUAAAAUUUCAUAUGAAAAUCAUGAAAGAUACUAGCUGUUUGAUAUGGAGUGGUGAGGUGAACAAUGAUGAUCCUCAAAUAAAAAAAGCAAGGAGGAUGAAAUUGCCCAUUGUUAGGGAAGAUUACCUUCAUGGAUGCAUUAGAAAGCAGAAGAAGCUUCCUUUUGACUCGUACAAGAUUGGGGUUGCUUCAGAAACCUCAAGAAGCGGUGUUGUCACUGUAAAAGUGAAAGGAAGAAGUGCUGUGCAUGAGGCUUCUAAUUUGCAGGAAACUGGUCAUAUUUUAGAAGUUGGACAAAGCAUCUAUAACACUACUUUAAAUAUGUCUGAUCUUUCUACUGGUAUAAACAGUUACUACAUCCUUCAGAUAAUCCAACAAGAUAAUGGUUCAGACUGCUGUGUUUUCCGGAAGUGGGGACGAGUUGGCAAUGAUAAAAUUGGAGGAAUGAAAUUCGAAUGGAUGUCAAAAUCAGAUGCAAUUCAGCAAUUUAAACAUGUUUUUCUUGAGAAGACAGGGAAUCCGUGGGAAGCAUGGGAACAGAAGAUUAACUUCCAGAAGCAACCUGGAAGAUUUUACCCACUAGAUAUUGAUUAUGGUGUCAAACAAGCUCCAAAAAAGAAUCCAUCUAACCUGAAAAGCCAGCUUGAACCUCGGUUGUUCGAAUUAAUGAAAAUGCUUUUUAAUGUUGAAACCUAUAGGUCUGCAAUGUUAGAAUUUGAGAUCAAUUUGUCUGAAAUGCCACUCGGAAAGCUAAGCAAGGAGAAUAUUCAAAAAGGAUUUGCAGCAUUAACAGAGAUACAGAACUUGAUUUGCAACACUACAUAUGCUCCAGCUGUUAAAGAAAGCUUGAUUGUUGAUGCUAGCAAUCGAUUUUUUACCUUUAUCCCCUCCGUCCAUCCUCAUCUGAUACAACAUGAAGAUGACAUCAAGGCAAAGGUGAAAAUGCUUGAAGCUCUAAAAGACAUUGAAAUCGCUUCCCGACUGGUGGGUUUUGAUAGAGAUGAUGAUAUGUCUCUUGAUGAAAAAUAUGAGAAACUUCAGUGUGGUAUUACUCCAUUAUCACAUGAUAGUGAAGACUAUCAGCUGGUCAAGAAAUAUCUUCUUAAUACCCAUGCUCCAACUCACAAGGAUUGGUCCCUUGAACUUGAAGAAGUUUUUGUACUUGAAAGAGAAGGAGAGUGUGAUAAGUUUGCACCAUUUAAAGAUAUGAAAAAUAAGAUGCUGCUGUGGCAUGGUUCACGUUUGACAAACUUUGUGGGAAUUCUUAGCCAAGGACUGAGAAUUGCACCUCCAGAAGCUCCAACAACUGGCUACAUGUUUGGCAAAGGUAUUUACUUUGCUGACCUAGUAAGUAAGAGUGCACAAUAUUGCUAUGUGGACAAGAAUGAUCCUGUAGGUUUAAUGCUUCUCAGUGAAGUUGCUUUGGGAGAGAUCCACGAGCUCAAGAAGGCUACGUAUAUGGAUAAGCCACCAAAAGGGAAACAUUCAACUAAAGGAUUGGGAAAGACGGUGCCACUGCAGUCUGAGUUUGAGAUGUGGAGGGAUCAAGUAGUUGUGCCCUGUGGCAAGCCUGUUUCAUCAACCAUCCUAGCAUCAGAGUUACUUUACAAUGAGUACAUCGUUUAUAAUAUGGCUCAGGUCAAGAUGCAGUUUUUGUUGAAAGUUCGGUUUCAUCACAAAAGGUGAGAAAGUUGGUCUGAUGUCAAGAGACCUUACUUUUGGAGAACCCUGUGUGGUGUUCAAAUUUUGGCCCUCGUAUUUGGUGUUUCAACUUGUUACAAGCAUCAAGAUUUUGGCACAAUUCGACAGUAUUUGCUACUCAAUGGACUUGGUUGUAAAUAAGUUGCCUGUGUUGAUACUACCACCUGUAAAUAUAUGGUCACUUUUGUUGUAAAAAUGGUCAUUUACUAGUUUAUUAGUAUGCUCCUAGUUAACUUA